GUGGUCGAUGUGUGCGCUCUCGACAGGGAUUUCAAACUCUUUCCUUUUGGCGACAAAACUCUGGUCGGAGAGAGAGGGGUGUCGUUAAGCGGCGGACAAAAGGCCAGAAUCACGUUAGCCCGGGCUCUGUAUCGCGAGGCGGAUGUCUAUCUCCUGGACGACCCCCUGUCCGCUGUGGACGCGUCGGUCGCCAAACAUAUAUUUCAAAAAUGUAUUGUUGAAUACCUCAAAGAUAAGGCCCGCGUAUUAGUCACACAUCAGAUCCAGUUCUUGAGAGACGCGCAUAAGAUUCUGGUCUUAAAAGAGGGUAAAUGUAUAGCAUUUGGAAGUUAUGAAGAAUUGAAGGCAAAAGGCAUUAAUUUCUUGUCUUUUGUGACCGACACUAAAGACAAGAAAAACACGACAAUUGAUAAAACAGACACUAACACAGCGUUCAGACACAUGAAUCGGUCCGUCUCUAUCAGUCCCUCCAUCGCCAGCAGUAUUGGCGGCCAUUCAGACGAUCCGAUCGAUGAAAUCAAAGCAAUGGAUGUUUUGGCUGAAGACGAGCCCAAAGUGAAAGAGGAGACCAAAGAGAUUGGAUCUAUUAGUGGAGGUGUUUAUUGCGAAUACAUUAAGGCCGGCGCCGGACCUAUACUUAUGACCGUUACGUUGGUUUCAAUGGUUGUCUCGCAGUGUCUCUAUCAGGGAAGCGAUUACUGGUUAACUCAAUGGACCAACGAAUUGGACAAACCGGGCGGUCAUGUGAACCAAAACAUGAAUGUCUUGAUCUACUCGUGUCUAAUCGGAGCCCUAUUCCUGACAGCAUUGGCCAGAAGUACCUCAUUCUUCGUGAUGUGUAUGCGAUCGUCGGUUAAUCUUCACAACAGAAUAUUCUACUCACUAUUGAGAGCAUUGUGUUAA